AUGAAGUUUAGACUUUCAAGCUUUUUGUUGCCUUGGUGUUUUGCAGCAACAGUUCUUUCAGACGACAAUAGUAAAAAACUUGACAAGAAAAUAAGAAAUGUAGUUUUGAUAGUUCUUGAAAACCGUUCAUUCUCAAAAAUGGCCGGAUAUUUUAACUAUUCUAAGGAAAUUCGCGGUUUAACCGGUAAAGAAUACAACUUGUUAGACGUCAAUGACUCGAAUAGUUUAAAACUUUAUACUACGGAUGAUGCGGUCUACGUCGAUCCAGAUGACCCAAGUCACUCUAUACCCGGUACAUACGAGCAAAUCACUGGCAUGCAAGGGGAUCCCAGUACUCCAAUUACCGGUGUUCCACCAAUGUCCGGUUUCCUACAAAAUUUUGCACGAGUCUAUAAUAUUAACAAGACUGACGUCGCAAGAUUGAAACAUGUUAUGAAUGCGUUCAAGCCGACCGAUAUACCGGUCACAUACGAGCUUGCAAAGAAUUUCGCGUUGUUUGAUGGAUGGUAUGCAAGUGUUCCUGGCCCAACUAAUCCUAACCGAUUGUAUAUUCACACGGCAACUUCAAAUGGUGCAUAUGAAACUACUAAUCACGACGAACUUAUCGGAUUCGAUCAAAGAUCUAUUUAUGAUAAUCUUGACGAGAAAAACAUUACUUGGAAAAACUAUUAUUCCACAUUCCCGGAAUUGAUUGCAGCCAAAAGACUUCGAAACAAGUCUGGAUACUCGAAGAUGAAAAAAUUGGACGUGUUUUUCGCAGAUGCUAAAGCUGGAACUCUACCACAAUACAGCGUUGUUAACCCAACUUUUGAAGGAUAUCCUUGCUUCAAUGGUGAACCUAAUGAUGAACAUCCACCUUACAGCGUUGCAAAGGGAGAACAAUUUAUUAAAACAAUUUAUGAAGCUUUGCGCGCCUCACCUCAAUGGAACAGCUCUUUACUUAUAAUCACUUGGGACGAACAUGGCGGAUUCUAUGACAAUGUCCCACCACCAUCUAAUGUUCCCCCACCAGAUAAUGUCACUGCACCAAUCUUCAAUUUCGAUCGUCUUGGAAUUCGUGUACCAACGCUUUUGAUUUCGCCUUGGAUUAAAAAAGGAUUAGUUGUUCAUGAUCCUCCGAAAAAAGGUUCUUACUUUGAACAUUCUUCAAUUCCGGCCACAUUGAAAAAGAUUUUUGAUCUCCCAAAUUUCCUAACUAGACGUGACGCCUGGGCUGGCACAUUCGAAUAUCUUUGGGAGGACGUAGAGUUCCCACGUACAGACACUCCAACUACGCUUCCGGACGUUCCAAAAUCCAUCAAUAAAAAACGCAAGCAUCGUAGAUCUCAAAUUGAUCUUCCUGAGCCAGUAGCUUGUCUGCUACUAAAAGCAUGUUCGAUGCAUUGCUUGGGGAAACAAAUGCCAGAAGUAUGGCGUGGGUUUGGUGCUUUUAAAGAUAGCAAUAAUAUCUUACGAUUUAAUUAUAUCAGUGAUCAUACAUUAAACGAUAGCGAAAUGAGCAUUCUGAUUAACGCAUUUUACUUUAUGGUUUGA